AUAUGUAAAUACACACCUAAUCCUAAAGAGUAACCAAAUUAUUAUUCGGUGAACAAUUUCUCGAAAAAUUCAAUUAAACAAGUCUUUUAUUAAUUGGGGUAGGAGGAAUCGGAUGUGAAGUCUUAAAAAAUCUAUCCUAAUUUAAAUUUAAAGAGAUCCAUAUAUUAGAUUUAGAUACAAUAGAAGUAUCAAACCUUAACCGUUAAUUUUUAUUUAGGAAAUCUCACCGAGGUCAUUACAAAUCAGAAGUAGCAAAACAAGUACUAGAAUAUCAAAAGCCCUUUAUGAACUUAAAAUCCCAUACCAAAAACAUCAAAGAUGAAUAAUAUGGUUUAAAAUUCUUCUCUUAAUUCAACUUAGUAAUAAUGGCUUUAGACAAUCAAGAAACCCGUUCUUUUGUCAACAAAUAAUGCAUGAUUUUAGACAUUCCUUUAUUAGAAGCUGGUACUACAGGUUAUAAAGGUCAAGCUUAUAUAUUUAAGAGAGGACAAAGUAGAUGUUAUGACUGUUUUCCAAAAACUGAAAAUAAAUAAAGUUAUCCAGCAUGUACAAUAAGGACUUUACCUGAAAAGCCUGUGCAUUGCAUUAUUUGGGCUAAAUAUUUAUUUAAUGUAAUUUUUAAUGAAAAGAUAGAAGAAAAUGAUGAAUCUAAUUUACUUUUGGAUAUUUAAAAAAGAUUAGAAGAUAAUAAAGAAGAUGAAAAUGAUAAAGAAAAUGGAGAAAAACUUUUCGAAUAGAUUUUUUUGAAUGAUGUUUUGAAAUAAAAAGAAGAAAAAAAAGAUUUAUAGUUUUUAUAAAGUAUCUAAAAUGAGGAAAUUUAUGCAAGUAUUUUUAUCGCUUCUUUCGAUAUUUUAAUGAAGUAAAAAAGGAAAAAUUCAUGUGUUAUUUUCGAAAAAGAUGACGAUAUUUGUAUCAAAUUCAUUACUGCGGCUACUAAUUUGAGAUGUAUAGUAUUUAAUUUGCCUUUGUAAACUUAAUUUUAAGUCAAGGAAAUUGCAGGAAAUAUAGUCCCAGCAAUUGCUAGUACUAAUUCAAUUGUAAGUGCGAUUUAAAUUAGUGAGGCUAUUAAAUAUUUUUAAAGGAAAUUUUUUUAAAAUGAUUAUUAGGAUAUUUAAAAUAGAGAACUCUAUAUCUAAAAUGAAUCCGAUAUGAAGAUUUUAGAUACUAAAUAAGGAAAAAGCAAUGAAAAUUGUCUAUCUUGUAAUGUUAAUUUAAUACCAGAUAUUGUAUAUUGUGAUUUUAAUAAAACUAAUUUAGGAUAAUUUUUAGAUAGGCUUUUUAAUGAAAAUGGAGAGUUGUAAAAUUUUAGUAUAAAUUUUUGCCAGUUUAUAAUUUACGAAAACACGGAUUUUUAAGAAGAGGAAGAAAUCGAAAACAGAAAAAUUUAAAAGGUAAAACCCCUUUUUUAAAUUUUCAAAAACUUCGCGGACGCGAGAAUUUCAAUUAUGAAUGAAGAUGAUAAUUAAAUAUUUUGUAUUUGCCUUUUAGUACAUAUAGAAAAUAGUUAAGAAAUUACAUUUAAAAAAUAAAAUAGAAAUAUGGAUUCUUUGAAAAUAAAUUGGAAAAAUAUAGUUCAAAAAACAUAAGAAGAAAAAUAAAAAGAACCAGAAAAAGUAUUAUUUAAAAAUAAUGAAAAUAAUGGACUACUUGAAAUUUUGGAAUCAGAAUCAGCUAGUGAUUAAGAUCUUAUUUUUUGCGAUAAUAAUAAUGAAAAUAUUGAAAAUAAAAGAAAAGAAAAUUAAAAUAAGAAUGAGGAUGAUGAGGUAGAAGAAAAAUUGUAAAAAAAAGUUAAAAUAUGA